AUGGGUUUUAUUCUUGGUGUUGACGUGGUGUUGGUGUGUCUGAGGAUUACCGUCCUUCACGAGGGACACAUCCAACGUUCCUGUCUGCGGUUAUCUUCUGGUAAUCCCGCGACUCCCCGCAAACCCGCUGUGUUUAAAUAUGUUCUCCUUUAUGAUGAUGAAGGGGAAUCUGCUCUAGGUGUGUUGUCCAGGGAAACAAUUGAGAUAGCCUUGGAAAUAUCGUGGCCUCCACGGACGGAGUGUGGGCCCUAUCUUGUUGUCCAAUUCUCAUUCUUCCAUUCCACUGCACCUACUCCGCCACUGAAUCUGUUAUUUCUAGCUAAGCGGAACAACAAACCUCCCAUUCCACCAUGCCCUCCGAAGCUCAAGAAUCAGGCCCCCCUCUACAUUGGCUUCGACCUCUCUACCCAACAACUAAAUGCCCUCGUUGUCACCUCCCACCCCAGAGUCGUCCACAUCGCCAUAUUCGACUUCGACGCCAACUCCCACGGCUUCCCCGUGAAAAAAUGGCGUGCAGACCCACGAAGCAGAGCAGGAGGUCUUCGCCCCCGUCGCCAUGGUUGGAUUUUGGCCGUGUAUGCGCCAUCAGCGGCGCGGGACAGGCAGCAUGGCAGCGUCUACAGGAAUGCGGAGGCGGAGCGGGUUUUGGCUUCGUUGGAUGCGGGGGAGGGGCUGGAGGGACAGGUUGCGACGGCGCUGUCGCAUCCCUUCAGUCCUAAUUGGCAGGAUGCUAGUACGCAGCGGGAGUGUGAUGAGUUCGAUGAGGUUUUGGGCGGUAGUGGGGAGUUGACAGAGGUUACGAGGAGUAAGGCGCAUCAUAUUGCCCUCAAAAUACUCCUCUUUGGGGAAAUUAUUAGCCUGUUGGAUACGAUUCUCAUCCAACAAUACCUCUUACUGGUUAGGGCUACGGAUUCUCUUCCGACGGCUGGCGGCGGACACCAUCUGUUCCUCAACCUGGAGUGGUUCCUCUCCCUGCACUGGUUUAGCAGUGGAGAAAUUUCGUUGUCACCUUGUCAUGAAGGAUCCAGAUAG